AUGCCUGAAAAUACGAAUCGUAAUCCAGGUCCUGGCUUCGAUAGUAUGGCUGAAAUGGUUCGAUGGUUCAACUAUUGGCUCAACGAUAACAACAGAAACAAUGAGAUUUUAAAUGAGCCUGAUAUAACAUUAUUCAUUCGUACAAAUCUCACGGCGGGCAACUAUCGAUAUGAAUCUCAAUGGCCGAUUUCUCGACAAAGGAUACGACGUAUGUACAUGAGCAAAGGUCGAAUAUUGACUGAACAAGCAAUAUCAGCUACAGAAAACGAACUUGUCAACAACAAUUUGGACACAUUCGAGUAUCGGCCAUGGAUUAGUUUUGAAGGUGGUCUCUGGUUAGGCGGAUUGACCGGAGAUCAGCGAACUUUCGACGAAGACUGUCUAGUCCAUCAGACUGAUCCAAUCCACGAAAGAAUUGAAAUUGUUGGUUUUGUUAACGUGUCUCUUCAGGUAUAG